AUGUCUAAAGAUCCAAAUGAUAUUAACAGUCUGACAAACAAUAGAGACACCAUUGCAUUGCUGCCUGCAGAUGUAAGUAACCUUGGAAUAGCAAACAUCCCAAACCAAGCCUAUCGCUUUGCCAUGAAGCAAGGCCUUUCUCUAAAUCUGCUGUUUGCAGGCCAGGGCGACGUUGGGAAAAAGGCCUUCCUUCAAUCCCUGCUGGAAGUAUCAAUUGAUUCAUCUUCACCCCGCGAAUAUGUUCCGUUUGCUACACUUGAAAACUCGAACGGAGCUUCACUUGAAGAGGUGUCGCUGUGUAAUGGCCAAAAGAUCAUUGAGCUUGCUUCACUUCAAGUCCCACCUGAGGCUAUUUUGGAAAAGUUUAGAGCAAGUAUCGAUCCCAUCGACAUUCAAUUUUAG